CACAUCGUAACGUGGCGCCUCUGUUUGGUCGUGUUGUGCUUAAACUUUUACAGCUCAGAGGACAGAGGUCUACAGGCGUGCACUUCACUCGCAUGCCAUGCGAAUAGGUGGUAAUUCAUCGCUCUCCUUGGCUCUUAAUUUCUAGAAGCUGCAAUCAUGAUGAAAGGGGUUAAGCGUGCGUGAAGCGGCCAAACAACACCAAACACUCAUAGACGAAAGAUCAGAACUUAAGAAUGGAUUAGGUGUCAGAUCAACCAUCGAAACAAAUAAUUUGGUUGCUGGAUUAUUCGAUUCGGGACCUGGCUGUGCCAAAGGUAGAUAUGUCUUAUCACCCGUUUUUACCGCCCCAACCCUCGGACUUCGCUAUCGGUGCAAUGCUGGGACGCCGCCCACCGUUUUUAUCGGCUGUAGGGUGCGGGAAGCCCAUUCUGGAGCAGCUAGUUGGCGCCGGCGAGAGCAACAUUGAGCUGCCCUCGAGGGGACUGGACGUUCCGGCACCGUCUUCUCAUCCCCAGCCCAGGGGGACAGCGGAGCAUGAGGUGGAGUUUGAGGACGACCCUGUGGUUCACUUGGAAAGCACGGAGCUGUGGGGACAGUUCCACAAAAUAGGCACUGAAAUGGUGAUCACCAAGUCAGGGAGGCGAAUGUUUCCACCCUUCAAAGUGCGUUGCACCGGCUUUGAUAAGAAGGCGAGGUACAUUCUCUUGAUGGACAUCGUGGCGGCCGACAACUGCAGAUACAAGUUUCACAACUCGCGCUGGAUGGUGGCAGGAAAAUCAGAUCCCGAGAUGCCAAAACGAAUGUAUAUCCAUCCUGACAGCCCAGCAACCGGGGAACAGUGGAUGUCCAAAAUUGUCAACUUUCAUAAGCUGAAACUGACAAACAACAUUUCUGACAAACAUGGAUUUACAAUUUUGAACUCUAUGCAUAAAUAUCAACCGAGGUUCCACAUCGUUCGAGCCAACGACAUCCUCAAACUUCCCUACAGUACUUUCAAGACCUACGUGUUUCCUGAGACCGAGUUCAUCGCAGUGACAGCUUACCAGAACGAUAAGAUCACGCAACUAAAAAUAGAUAAUAAUCCGUUCGCAAAAGGAUUCCGUGACACGGGAAACGGAAGGAGAGAAAAGAGGAAGCCAGUGUUACAACUCAAGGUUAAAGACGUGGAGCAGAAAAAAGACAGCGGAUCCUCUGACGACUCGUCAUGCGACCCUGCAAAUUACUUUCUUCAAGUGCCCACUGUAGCAACAUCAACAUCAAAAGAUCCUUGCGAGAGUGACACUGACAGCGAUGGUGAAGCCAAGAGGUUAACCCAUCCGUCGGAAGUGAAGUCCAGAGAAAUGUCCACCACUAGCCGGCAGCCGAAGGAACAACCCGACGAGACACUGCAGAGGGAGGCCACUAACGGCACCGAAAGGCAAACGCGAGCAAAGGCCUGGGGCGUUCAGAAAAGUCUCCUAAAUGUACAUAACAGCGUCCUGUGUCCGGAACAUUUCAAAACAACUUUGGAUGACGGCGGCGAUCGCCCACUGACCAACACGCACGCACACCCAUACUGCUUACCCACGUCCACCUUUGUAGGACAACAGAUCAUGAGUAACAUAAGAGGAUCGACACGUUUUAUGCCAAGCCAAAGCCACUUUAACUUUAUCGGAAGUGUACCAUUCAUGGCCGCUGGAGUACUCAGCCCCUGGUCGACAAACCUGCCAGCAGACAGAGAACGUUGCAGUGACUCCGGUGCCAUCGCGGCUUCAAACCAAGAAUUCAUGGGACAGUUAGAGUUUCCACUGCGCUUUCAACAACACGGGCCGAUCUCUCAGGGUUUAAUCAUCUCGCAGUUCUUUCCGUACAACUACAUGAUAGCGCCGACCCACGGACCGCACAUCCCCGCUGCGAGCUAUCGACCCCGCUGCAGACCUUACACGGUUCCAGUCGGUCUUCUUGACAGAGGCACUGCACGGACAGACGCGUAUCAUUCUAAAUUCGGGGUGGAUGUGAAAGGUAGCAGUGUUGUGACCGUCCCCGUGUCGGUCGUCGUUGACUCUAAACUUGAGAUCGGAGGGGGGCCGGCAUCUCCUACGUCACGCCCGACCUAACUUUCCACCUGCAGCGAAUCCACGUAGGCACUGCAACCACGCAUGGUAUAAAAUGAUAAUAAAAAAUUGUUCGCUUGCAGCAAUAGACUUAUAUUACAUCCGUAUUACCUCUAAUAACGAAAAAACAGAAAAUGAGUGUUUUGAUGAUCGAAAGUUCAGCAGUCUCUUAUAUAUUAGGAAUGAAUUAGGAUGCGCAAUGACACAUCAGUUCAAGUUUAUGUUAAGCUAUAUGUUAAGCUAUUUUUAAAGCUUUUUCCCUAUUGAACAUCGUAUGUACUGUAUACUGUUGUGCAUGUUGAACAAUUAUUGCCAAAUAAAACUUAUUGCUUUGCAUGCUGAAAAGUAUGUGCGCACGAUCAAAUUAUAGACUCCGAAAACAAUUAUCACAAUAUGAAAUGAUGAUUUCUGUUAGUUUUAUAUGUCACAAUAUAUUUAGUGGGCCUAAGACAAUAUCCCCAGGUUUUGUCAGUAGUAAAUUUUAUAUGAUACAUGUUGUUCAAUUAACUUUCGUUUCAAAGCUUAUUUUGAAUUUGUGCCAUAAUAUUUUAUUUUUAUUUAAUCUGAUUAAAAUGUUUAAUAACAGCAGUCGGCUGCCGACGGGACGUCAUAGAAAAAAUAAUUUUAGAGAAAAAUAACGACGUGCUUCUUUUACAAUCACAGAUGAUG